CAUGGGGAGAACAUGCAAACUCCACGCAGGGAGGACCCGGGAAACGAAUGCAGGUCUCCUUACUGCAAAGCAGCAUUUGCUGCAACUGUGCCGUCCAACAAAGAAAACCAGCGGUGCCCAAGGACACCAUACCGAAGGAGUCCAGUCUUCAUCUCUGGUCACUGGAUAGUGUCCAUCUUGCAACCAUAUAGCAAAAGAGGAAGCACCAGUAAAGACUGGUUGCAAAGAUAUGGGAGCGCUACCUACUCCUUUCCAGUGACCUCAUGACUGCCCCCCCGCUUUCCCAGACUGUCUGUUGACUUCAUAAGAAGAGUCACCAGAGACAUGAAUGUCACUGCUGAGGUAAGUAAAAGUCUUGAUAAAGUCAACACUCUCUCUGCAGACAGACACAAUGAUGAUGGCUGUGCUCAGCAGGUCAUAAAAGGCAUGGAUUAUGGUUUUUAAUUAGGACACUUGCAUGCCCAGAUGCUCAGUCCCUCGAGAUCCCCGAACAGAGCCUCCAUUGACUCUGCGAACAUCUCAGCAUUGUCGGCAGAGUCGAGAUCAGUUAUUCUCUCUUUGCCAAACAGAUGCCCCGCAGCUGCCGAACCCAACAACACUGCCCAACACCCAGUCCAUGCAAGCUUUGAACAGAGUAGGAGCAAGAACGGGGAAUAACACUCCUCUCAGUGCCAGCAGCACAGGUGCUGAACACUCUUGAUGAUGAGACGAGCAGUAAUGACAAAGUGAAAUUGAAAUGGACAGUGAAAUAGAACGUGUUUUGGAUGAAUCCAAAAGUGACGCUCCUGUCAAUUGCACAUGUACAGUGUGCUCUCCAAAAGCUGGGAAGAGGAUCCAGACUACAAGAGCAAAAGCAGAAAUAUUGAGGACAAGAGAAGGCAGCGUAGAGUAAAGCUGAUGAUGACUAGAGAUUAUGUGUUAUCCUACUGUUGCAGAAAUGCCUUAGGAGUGUUUUUGGAAUAAAGCCAAGUUGCUGAUAUGCGUUGAGGAUGAGCGGCGUGGGUGAAAAUUUCUCUGACCCUACAAGGGUGGAGCCCAGGAAACGCAAAGAAUGCCCAUCUGACCAGCUCGGACCAAGUCCUAAGAGAAGUGCUGAAAGACGUAAUCGUGAGCAUGAAAACAAAUAUAUUGAAGAGCUUGCCGAGUUGAUCUUUGCAAACUUUAAUGACAUUGAUAACUUCAAUGUAAAGCCUGACAAAUGUGCAAUCUUAAAAGAAACUGUGAAACAAAUUCGUCAGAUUAAAGAACAAGAAAAAAUGGCAAUAGCCAAUGAAGAGGAAGUUCAGAAAGCAGACGUGUCCUCUACAGGCCAAAGUGUUAUUGACAAAGAUGCUCUUGGACCAAUGAUGCUUGAGGCCUUAGAUGGGUUCUUUUUUGUGGUGAACCUUGAAGGUAAUAUUGUUUUUGUCUCUGAAAAUGUUACCCAGUAUCUGAGGUACAACCAGGAGGAGUUGAUGAACACCAGUGUGUACAGCAUCCUGCAUGUGGGGGAUCACGCAGAAUUCAUCAAAAACUUGCUUCCCAAAUCCCUUGUCAAUGGCGUUCCCUGGCCUAAUGAAAACCCACGAAGGAACAGUCAUACGUUUAAUUGUCGCAUGCUCGUCAAACCACCCAGUGACUCUGAUGAAGAAGGUCAUGACAACCAAGAAGCACAUCAGAAUUAUGAAACUAUGCAGUGUUUUGCUGUGUCUGAACCAAAGUCCAUCAAAGAAGAAGGGGAAGACUUGCAGUCUUGUUUAAUCUGCGUUGCAAGAAGAGUUCCAAUGAAGGAAAGGCCUGUCCUCCCCACUCAUGAGAGCUUUACUACAAGACAGGAUCUACAAGGCAAAAUUACAUCUCUGGAUACAAGUUUGUUGAGAGCAUCCAUGAAGCCUGGGUGGGAGGACUUGGUGAGAAGAUGUAUUCAGAGGUUUCACUUGCAGAAUGAUGGAGAGAUGUCCUUUGCCAAACGACAUCAUCAAGAAGUUCUCAGGCAAGGUCAAGCUUCAAGUCCUGCAUACCGCUUUUCCCUUUCUGAUGGCACAAUUGUCUCUGCUUAUACAAAAAGCAAACUUGUGCGAUCUCCAGCAACAAAUGAGCCCCAGCUUUAUAUGUCCUUGCAUGUCCUGCAGAGGGAACCAAAUGUUUGUGGGAUAAAUCAGGAUGCGCCAGGGCACACCAUGGGAAAGCAAUUGAACACCGCCAUGUCGCUGACAGUGGCCCAGAACAGCAUGUCAACAGGAAUGCCUGGCCAGGACAUGACAAUUAGUAGCAAUACAAACUUCAGUGCUAUGAGUGGUCCAAAGGAUCAGACUGGUAUAGGACAGAUGUCGGGCAACAGGUUUGGGUGCCCAGGGGUAAUGAAUCAUACCCCAGGCAUGCAGGCAACUCCUCAGGGUAGUAACUAUGCACUCAAAACAAAUAGCCCGUCUCAAAGCAGUCCUGUCAUGACCCCAGCACAGCAAAACUCAAUGUUGUCUCCACGACAUCGUGUUAGUCCAGGGAUGGCUGGAAGUCCUCGGAUACCUGCCACUCAGUUUUCUCCUCCAAGCUUGCACUCACCAGCGGCAGUGUGCAGCAGCACAGGAAAUAGCCAUAGCUACACCAGCAGUUCCCUUAAUGCGCUUCAGGCUCUUAGUGAAGGCCAAGGGGUCACUCUAGGUCAGUCUUUAGGUUCACCUGACAGAAAAAUGGGAAAUGCGCAGAGCUCACCUGGAAAUUUGAACCCUCAUUCUCUCACAAAAAUUGGCACCUCAGACUUUAAAGAUUCCUUUGGGUUGUUUAGUGAGAACACUUCUGAAGCAAGUCACCAAGAUGGGAACUGCCAUUCUGUCGAUGUCAAAGACUCAGUAGAGAACACCUUAAAUCAGUUCAGCAGUGGUGACAGGACAGAGGCACAAAAUCGACUACACGAUGGCAAGGGACACACCAAACUUCUGCAAUUACUCACAACCAAGUCUGAGCAAAUGGAUCCAACUUCACCCAUCACAAACUCUAGUGGAGAAUCCAACAAGGACUCUGUUGGUACAAAUACAAUAGGAGGCAGUCAGCCUUCAGGAGGAGCUAUUGGACAUGGGAAUUCUUUAAAGGAAAAGCAUAAAAUUUUGCACAGACUACUGCAGAACAGUAGUUCUCCUGUAGACUUGGCCAAACUUACAGCUGAAGCCACAGGCAAAGAGCUAAAUCAGGAGAACAGCUCAAAUGCUGGAUCAGAUAUAAUGAUUAAGCAGGAGCCAGUUAGCCCAAAGAAGAAAGAGAAUGCACUUCUCCGUUAUUUGUUAGAUAAAGAUGACACUGGUAUACAGGACAAAGUCAAAUUAGACCAAGUGGAAAAUAAAAUGGAGCCCUGUAACAGCACCAAGAUUGGAAAUAUAAAACUGGAGAAGCCAGAUCCUGGCUAUGAUCAGUCAGAGCAGUCGAAAGAAUUGGAUGACAUUCUGGAUGACCUGCAGAACAGCCAGCUUCAGCUGUUCUCAGAACCUCCUCCUGCUUCUGUACCUGCUGCAAUCGACAAACAAGCCAUCAUUAAUGAUAUACUUCAAAUCACUGGAGAAAGUAGUCCUGGAUCAUCUCUAGGACAAAAGCCAUUUCCUACUAUGACCCAAAGUAACUUCAGUAAUUCUCGGGGAGGUCAUUCUGGCAGAGGUCCAGCUGUUCGCAUGCCUUUAGACAUGAAUUUGCCAUCUCAGACUACUGCAGGACCUUUUCCACCUAUGAGGAACAGUCAUUUCUCAAUUAUGUCACAGCCUGCAAUUGUGGGAAAUCAAGGGAUGGUAUCAAAUCAGACAUCAUUAGUUAAUCCAGGGAUCCUUGGCUCAAACCCCCCAAGAUCUAGCAUGCCUUCCGGAGACUGGGGACCUCAGGGGCCUGCUGUUAGCAGCACCAGCUCGGGAAUGUCAACAGCUGUCAACAGAACAAUGCAGCAAGGAGCAGGCAGCAUGGUUAGAGCUCCCUCCACAGGAGUUCCAAUAAGGCCAACUGGUCAACAAGGACCCAAACCCAUAUUGUCAUCCCAAAUGAUGGGCAUGAGUGAGUCACAAUCUGAGCUGGACAUUGGCAUGGCAGGAACGCAAUAUAAUCAACAGGCUCCACCCAAUCAGACUGCACCUUGGCCAGACAGCAUGCUGCCUAUUGAACAGGCAUCAUUUACCAAUCAAAACAGACCUCCUUUCAACAAUUCCCAAGAUGAGCUGAUUUGUCCUCCGGCAGAUGCAACAAAUGAUGAAGGGGCAUUGUUAAAUCAGCUCUAUUCUGUACUGAAGGAUUUUGAUGGCUUGGAGGAAAUUGACAGAGCAUUGGGAAUCCCUGCAUUGGUUAGCCAGAGUCAGGCAGUGGACCCUGAACAGUUUCCUAUCCAGGACACUGGUAUAAUUCUUGAUCAGAAACCUCCUAUCUACAGUCAGCAGUAUGCAGCUCCUACUCCCAUGACCCAAGGGAAUUAUGCUCAAAUGCAAGAUGCAGGUUUUCACCCUCUUGCUGCGCAGAUGGGACAGAGACCUGGUUAUCAAAUGUUGCGUCUCCCUGCAAGGCCUGGGUUGCGGCCUGCUGGCAUGGUACCAAGUCAGCCUAAUCAACUAAGGCUUCAGCUUCAACACAGGUUACAAGCGCAACAGAAUCGUCAACCAUUGAUGAGCCAAAUGAACAGUGUUACCAAUAUAAACCUACCUCUAAGGACAAAUAUACCACCCCAGGGAUCCAUCAAUGCUCAGAUGCUGGCUCAAAGACAGAGGGAACUACUGAGUCAACAUCUUCGCCAGCGACAGUUGGAACAGCAAAGGCAGCAAAGAACCAUGAUGAUGCGUGGACCAGGUCUCAACCCACCAAACAAUAUGACUGCAUCCGCAGGUUCUGGUGGAAUGCUGGGGACCAUGAACAAUCCACGGCUUCCUCAGGCAAACUCUCAGCAAUUCCAAUAUACAUCAAACUACGGUACUGGACUUACAUCCCCACCACCCUCCACAAGUCCUUUCUCCCCAAUGUCCCCCAGUCAACCCGGUUCACAGCUCCUCUCUCACAGCUCCUUGCAUGGCCCCCAGAUGAGUCUGGCUAACCAGGGAAUGAUGGGAAACAUGGGAGGACAGUUUGGGCCUGUAAUGAGUCCCCAAAUGCAGCACAAUGCCUUCCAGUUUCCCACCUCAGGGAUAAAUCCGCAACCCGACGCAGGGUUUGGUGGAGCUACAACUCCUCAAAGCCCAUUGAUGUCACCAAGGAUGAGUCAUGCACAGAGCCCCAUGAUGCAGCAGUCCCAGGCAAAUACAACAUUCCAGGCAUCAACUGAGAUGAACGGAUGGCCACAAGGGAAUAUGAGUGGGAACAGUUUGUUUCCACAGCAGUCCUCUCCUCAGUUUGGUCAACAGACAAAUGCCAGCAUGUACAGCAACAAUAUGAACAUCAAUGUAUCCAUGGCUACGAACUCUAGCAGCAUGAACAAUAUGAACCAGAUGUCGAGCCAGAUUAACAUGUCAUCGAUGACCUCUGUGCCUGCUACAGGCUUGACCUCAAUGGCUUCCGAGCAACAAAUAAAUGAAUCUCCUAUAAGAGGAGGGAGCUUGUUUUCAAACCAGUUGCCUGGAGAUGAUAUGAUUAAACAAGAAGGAGAUGCAUCUCGGAAAUAUUGUUGACCCUAAUGUCAUCUCAAGCCUCUUUAUCUGACAAUUCAGUAGACUCUGUGACAGGCAUUUAAAGCAUUGAGGUUCACAUGCUAAUGGAUCAACCAGAUGGAAGACAACUUUGCCAGACCUGCAUAGAUUGGCUUUGUAAACAGAACCUCUAGUUGUUCCCUGAAACAGUGGGAACCAGUGCAAACAUAUGGCAGCAAGAGGAAGAGAAACAACAAUGGAUCCCAUGCUACUUCUCUUCUGUAUGAAGCAUCCACAACUUAUUCUACGUCUCAAGUAUGCAUAAUUGAAUGCCAAUCAGUCUGUUCAUUGCAUUCACCGUAGUGUGACUUAGGUCUCCCUUGAACAACAGGUUUAUGGUGGCACCAAUAUCCUCUUCAGAUGAAUGUAUUCCUUUCUGGGGAUGAAUGCCACGGCCCUGCUCACUUACAAAGUACAGUUUGCUGAUCUAUAUAAUUUUUCCUUUUUUCCUGUCUCUAGCGGGUGUAAAGAGUUU